UCGCAUUUUAUCUCUCAAUUAUUAUUUAAUUUUUCAAUGUUUUAUUCAACUGAACUUCUUUCUCUUCGAAGGAAAGGCAAAUUGGCGCGAUGUUGGUUAGCUGCAACUUUUAGUGAAAAAAUGUUUAAAAAAACUUGUAAACCGGCAUUAAUUAAAAAGAUUAAUGUAUCCUAUAUUUGCAAUGAAAUUUUAUCAACAGUUGAGAUACGGAAUAACAAUAAAAAUUAUGAUAGAUUCAGUCUUUAUCUUUCUUCGCAAUUAAUGUAUGGUGCUACGAAAAUACUUUUUUAUCAAACAAAAUACUUUCAAGAUUAUCUAUUUGAAGUAAAUUGGAAAUUACAUGAAAUAAAUAGGUAUAAAGAAGAGUUAAACGCAGUAAUGUCAUUAGAAUUACCGGAAAUUCCUCCUAUAAGUGAGGUCUUCCGAAAUUUAGAAAUGUCAUCGAAUUUGCAUUUAAUUACCGAAGAACCAUAUUCUUCUGCCAUAGAAAAUUUGGUAAAAUAAAUGAAAUG